CCAUUCGCCAAUUCCUUUAAUAUUUUUAUUUUAUUUUACACCAAGUGUCCUUGUGUGUGUCUGCUGUGUUAUAGAACGUACAUGUUUUUUGGGCCCUUUAUGAAAUCUGAGUGAUUGUGUGUAACGGAAUCUCUCUAUUCAUUGCAUUGAAAACUGUACUGACGGGAAACCAUUAAAGAAGAAAAAAAGAAAAAGUUUGGCUUUCACGUACUCCAUUUAUAUUAAGGACGAAAGUUCCACGUUUCACAGCAGCCGGUGGGAUUUGGCCUUUUUUGUUUGCUAGUACAGUUGGCCAUCACCUUUGGACUUAAUGAGAUUAGAUAAUACGGCGUGACUUCCUUUCCAGCCAACAGUACACAUAUCUGAAUCCAAUUAGUUAACUUGCUGCAGCUUUCGAUUCAAGAUGAAUGGUGACAAGCAACCUUCGGUGAGGGUGUGGUGUGAUGGAUGUUAUGACAUGGUGCAUUUUGGGCAUGCCAAUUCAUUGCGGCAAGCCAAGGCCAUGGGUGAUUAUUUGGUUGUUGGAGUCCAUAAUGAUGAGGAGAUAACCAAGCAUAAAGGACCCCCCGUCUUUACCGAAGAAGAAAGGUACAAGAUGGUGAGAGGCAUCAAGUGGGUUGACGAGGUCAUUGAAGGAGCCCCAUAUGUUACCACACUGGAGACCCUUGACAAGUAUGAUUGCCAGUUUUGUGUUCACGGUGACGAUAUCACGACAACGGCAGACGGCGUGGAUACAUAUCACAUAGUGAAAUCGGCCGGCCGUUACAAGGAAUGCCAGCGAACCCAGGGUGUUUCCACAACGGAUCUCGUCGGCCGUAUGUUGCUACUGACUCGAGGCCAUCAGCAACGAGGUGACAGCGAGUACAAAGUCGAACGUUCCCGAACCGAAUCCAUGAGUGAAGACUCUGCGGCCAAGUCUCCUUGGACGGGAGUCUCCCAAUUUCUCCCCACCACCCAAAAAAUCAUUCAAUUCAGUGAGGGCAAGGAACCCAAACCAGGUGAUAAAAUCGUUUACGUGGCCGGUGCUUUCGAUUUGUUCCACGUCGGUCACUUGGAUUUCUUGGAAAAAGCCAGAGCCCAGGGCGAUUAUUUGAUUGUCGGCUUGCACACCGAUCCAGUGGUCAAUCAAUACAAAGGAGCCAAUUACCCCAUCAUGAAUCUACACGAAAGAGUCCUCUCCGUUCUGGCUUGUCGGUACGUUUCCGAAGUGGUGAUUGGUGCUCCCUAUUCAGUGUCCAAAGACAUGAUGGACCAUUUCAAAGUGGACCUGGUUGUCCAUGGAGCCACGCCCGUCGCCACCGACGUCGACGGUGAAGAUGGCGAUCCUUACGAAGAACCCAAACGGCGGAAUAAGUUUAUGCUGUUGGAUUCGGGCAAUACGAUGACGACCGAGUUGCUGGUCCAGCGCAUCAUCUCCAAUCGGCUGUCGUUUGUCGAGCGCAAUCAGAAGAAAGAAGCCAAAGAGGCUAAUCUGUGGAAGGCUAUGAAUGCGGACCAAGAGAAAUGACGACACAGUCUAGACACCCCAUUCGAGCUUAUAACUAAACAUAUUUUGUCGUCCAUACCUUAUUUCACACACACACUUUUCCUCCCCAUUUUAAAACACACAACGCAGUCAUCACAAUCAACACAUACCCACCUGACUUUAUAGAGGCCAUGAAUUUAUCUCAAAAACAUCUAAACAAUAUGUUCUUAGAAUCACUUUUUUUCCAUUUUGAUAGUCUGCAACUUACGUUGGUCAAACUGACUUAUCCAAGUAGCUUUAGCUAAGUGUAAUACAAAUCAUUUGAAUGUAA